AUGCCGACUUUGACAGGCUCGUGCUAUUGCGAGAAUAUCAAAUAUCAAGUCUCUCUCAGUUCGUUAGACGAUGCUCGAACAUCACUAUGCCACUGCAUCAAUUGCAAGAAAGCAUUCGGAACGAAUUAUGGACUCACAGCAAAGAUGCCAAAGGAUACGGUGAAGAUUACCAAAGGGACACCAAAGGUGCAUUCUGCAGACAAUGGAUCGGGGAUGGUGGUCAAUAGAGAAUUUUGCGACAAUUGUGGGAGUUUUAUUCUUGAAUACGGUGAGGCUGCGAAGGAUCACUUUCGGUUCAUCGUUGUAGGUUCACUAGAUGAUCCUGAGGCUCUACCUCCCAAGGGGGAAUUUUUCUGCAAGAACAGGGCGUCGUGGAUGCCCGAAAUUUCGAAUGUGUUUCAUAAGACUGAAAUCAAGGAAUGA